CGUACGACUGUCUCUUGAUCAUAGGCUCCUUCACUAGCUUCGGCUUCUCUAAACAUUUCGCAACAAAUUUAGACAGCUUUUCUUCCGCAAGUAGCUAAAACCAUAGCGUAAUCGGGAGAACGAAAGAUAUUCGUUGUCAAGAAAGAAGUUUAUGUAUGCCAGAGUAUCGUAUCGCUUCUUUUUCCUUUUUUCAUUUGGCGAUCUGGACUGUUCUGUCGUCAAAUAAAGACAGCAGUGUCAAGUAAGAACCUGACAAAAGGGCUGUCAUUUAUUUUUUCUUGGAUGUAGUUGGACGUUUUUGGAUGCACGACACCUCAAAUGUAACGCGGGAGCGUGAGGUGGGUGUGUAUGGAAAUUAGUUUGGAACUGCACGGUGAAGAGGUCAGACAAACACAAAAAAGUGGUCUGCAACAUCUCAGAGGCCAGGACGAGCAGUCUUUCUGAUUAUUGAUUGGGGUGUCUCACCGCACGCCCCAGGAAGGCGGCAAAAACCAACUUGUGUCAUCAAAAUCCCCAAGGAAUCGGGCCUGGCAGAUCGUGCUGGUAAAAAGGCUUCAGAGGAACCUGCAGGAGACAAACAAUUUGCAUUUCUACAAAGACUUAAUCAACAAAUCAUCCUGUAGUGAAAUACUGGGCAAAAUCCAGAGGAAAUGAACUUACAAUGAUGGACAUGCCGAUUUAAAUUUCAUAAGUAUAAAAGCAUUGUCAGACAAAGUCAAGUUUACGAAUCCAGACUAUAACGUUUAGGAAGUGGUCUGAUGCCCACAACAGCGGGUUUGAGCAACACAAGACAAGAGGAACAACCCAAUGGAAAUCAAAAUGGAAGGAGCUGGUGUUUAAGACUCACCCAGGUGGACAAGCAUAUGGCAUGUCUGCUGACUCUAGAGCAAUUUAACAAACGUAACCUUUGAUAACCCCUUCAGAAGAUAAGAAGAACAUGGAGCCACUCGACACUGCUGCUGGACAAAAAUGCACGAAGGAGCCCCGAGAGAAGGCCCCACUACAGAGGAAGUGGGUCUCAGAGCCCGCAGCUGGCACAAAAAGAAGCACUUUUGCCGACCCGGCGGGGAAACGGCACUCGCACCGCGAAGAGCUGCAAAGUGGCGCCAGUGGUGGUAGCCUUACUGGCUCAGUACAAAAGUACAGCUCCGGGAAACUGCUACCAACUGCAAUUGGCCAGUCAUCCCAAGAGAAUCAAUACCCACAGCAUUUCCCCAGCACUUACUCCUACCAGUUACCGCCCUCGUUUCCACAGCAGCCAAUUCAGGAGAGGUUCCUGCCAGGAGCGAAGCCACAGCCUGGCCUGGAGGCCCAUGCCUGGCCAUUCGCUAGCCAGCUGCCAUCGUUUACCACGGAAGAUGUGUUCCCUGCACACCCACGUGGUCACAGCGGAGUCUUUCCUCGCCGGAAGUCCCCAAGUUUACCUGCUUCUUAUAGCCAAUAUUCCCAAUCAGGCGUUGAACAGCCAGAAGAAGUUCACAAAAAGGAGCAGAAGCCCAAAAAGCCUGGGAAGUACAUCUGCCACUACUGUGGAAGGGCCUGUGCUAAACCUAGCGUGCUGAAGAAGCACAUUCGGUCGCACACUGGUGAACGGCCUUACCCAUGUGUUCCCUGUGGGUUUUCAUUUAAAACUAAGAGCAAUUUGUAUAAACACAGAAAGUCUCAUGCCCAUGCCAUUAAAGCCGGACUAGUCCCGUUUUCAGAAUUGGCAGCUACACGGCCAGAUAUGGAUCAAGCUUCUCCGCUGGGAGAAGCAGAGGUACAUUCAGAUGGUGAGCAGAGCACGGACACUGACGAGGAGUUUGCAGAGGCUACCAUGUUCAUGGAGAAGAGCAGUCCCAUCCCUCAGAUAUCUUUUGAAGCUGACAAAAGCCCAAUGGAUAAGGGUGGUGAGCCAGCCUAUGCGGACCCUGCUGAGGAGCUGGCCGUAGCCUCCAUGAAAGUGCCUAUCUUGAUUGUCCCGAAACAGGCGACUCCCUCAACAGCAAUGGAGUGUCCCCAGUUUGCAGAAAUCGAAGCGCCUCCCAUUAGUUCUCAAGUGGGCAGAGUGGAUGAAUCUCAUACUGUCAAGCAGAAACUUGCACUGAGGCUGACUGAGAAAAAAGGGCAGGACUCUGAGCCUUCACUGAACCUCCUGAGUCCCCACAGCAAAGGCAGCACAGAUUCGGGCUACUUCUCACGGUCUGAAAGUGCAGAACAGCAAAUCAGCCCACCAAAUACCAACGUAAAGUCCUAUGAGGAAAUUAUGUUUGGACGGACCUGGUAUUACAGACCCUACUCCAGGUCUAGACAAUCUGUGACAGUCGGGAUGGCAGCAUUAGCUGGCCAAGACACUAAUAUAAUUGACUUAAAGGACAAUCCUGGUGCCAUGCUUGAAGUAGACAUGCAAAAGAUAUCUGAGGAGCAUGUAUCCCAUCUUUUUGCAAAGGAUGAAAACAUAGCAAACCCAAUGAAACUAAAUGCUAAUGUAUUUUUCCAAGGAGAUUCAGAAUCACAAAUGGUAACAGGUAGUGACCCAAAACAGUAUCCCCCUGGCUCUUGCCAAAGCAACACAGGUCUCCUUGAAGCUCCUUCUGAUUCAGGGACACUUAUUAGGAGCAACUCAAUGCCAACAUCGUCUCCAACAAAUCUCAAUGUCCCUCCAGGCCUAAGAGUGAGCCACUCUUUUGAUGAGAUGAUGACACCCGAUGACGUCUUUUAUCCUGGAUCGGCAGGUCUGAGGAGGCUCAGGAGACAAGCUGCUUUUGAACAUUCAGUGCAUGAAGGCCAUGUGGAAAUUGACAGCUAUGGAAACAUCUCCAAGAACACCGCUCCACCUUCGAUGAAGCAUGGGGAACGUGGGCCUCUGAUGCCAGAGCUGAAAGGAUCUGCGGCAGAAUUGUCAUGCCCUGAAGUACGGGUGACUUACAGUGCAUAUGGUACUAAAGUGGGAAUUACAGAAACGGUCACUAGAAAACGUAGAAAGGAAAAGAGUGUUGGGGAUGAAGAGGACAGUCCUAGUCAGUGUAGCAGUGAACAUAGUGGUUCAGUUGAAAUGCUUCUGUCUCCAGGAGACUAUGACUCAAAACAAGCAGGUCAAGAGACACCAAGGGCUUCACCAACUGGGAAAGGACAUUUGUACAGUGUACAUAGCCAAUCAGAGAGCUUUGAUGGAGGUGCUAGUAUGACUUCAGAGGAUGUAGUGCUCGUCCCUGAAUCUGACAGAAAGAAUGCUGGUAAUGUAAUCUCUGUUAUCCAGCACACAAAUUCACUGAGUAGGCCCAGCUCGUUUGAGAAGUCAGAAUCAAUCGAACACCCGUGUUACCAGCCGGAGAGGCUCACUAGUCAAUUUUCUGAGCAGUCGGACACAGAGCAUGUUGAGGAGGUACAGAGCCCAGAGUCCCUCAGAUCCAUGAGCAUGGAGCAGCAACAGAGUGACAGUGAAGCUGGAGCUAUAUCAUCCAGCCAGCAGUAUCACAUACCCCACAAACUGGUACGUCAGCCUAACAUCCAAGUGCCUGAAAUAAGAGUAACUGAAGAGCCAGACAAACCUGAGAAAGAACCCGAGGUACAAGUUAAAGAACCAGAGAAACACGUGGAGGAAUUUCAGUGGCCGCAGAGAAGUGAAACUCUGUCUCAGCUUCCCGCUGAGAAGUUACCUCCAAAGAAGAAACGCCUGCGUCUUGCUGACAUGGAGCAUUCCUCUGGAGAAUCGAGCUUUGAAUCAACCUGCACUAGCCUCUCGAGGAGUCCCAGCCAAGAAAGUAACCUGUCUCACAGCUCAAGCUUCUCCAUGUCCUUUGACAGAGAGGAAAGCAUUAAAUCGGCCUCUCCAACCAAGCAGGAUGAGUUUGGAAGACAGUCUGAGUUCUUAACAGUCCCAGGCAGUGGGCACUCUCUCUCUAUACCAAACCAGCACCAGCACCAGAUGCGACGUUCUUCUUCAGAACAAGCACCCUGUGCUUUACCUACAGAGAUCCCAGAGGUUCGUAGCAAGUCAUUUGACUAUGGAAGUCUUUCAUCAUCAUCCAGACAGGGAGAGACCUAUGCCAGUGCUUCAGGUAUGAAGGAGCGGAGGCGGGGCUUUCUGGUACGGCAGGCGUCACUGAGUGUCUAUCCAGAAACGGUGGUGCAAGAGCAUGGCAUUGAAAUGAGCGUUAAACAAGAACACUCAGACCACAUGCAGAGCAGUGUCCAUCCGUCACAUCCCGCUUGGCAUGGGAGUCAAGGAAGUGGUGAAGUGGUACGUUCAAAGAGGGGAAUGCAUCCAUUGCUUGGGUCACACCACCAUCCACUGCAGCAUAGCAUCAGUGAGGACAGCCUGCAAGAGGGCCUCCCACUCAUUCAGAAGACAUCUCACCCAUCAAGCCAACAGCCCUCGGAAAGUGAGCGUCCACAUGACCCUCUGAGCCAAGAAAUAACACAGUAUUCUUCAUUGCACAGCAGCAUGGUGCAACCCCCCUUCAUGCCAUUUCAACCAGGGUUAUUCUGGCAUCCUGACUCGACACAAAGGCAUAAACAGCACCUUGCUUUCCAGUCGCAUCAGUUACAAAAAUUGCAUAUCAGGCAGCCUCUUUUGCCUCAAGCCCACCAAAAAUCCCACCAGUCUCUCCAGCAGAUUCAGGAGCAGAGUGAUGGAAAAUCUGAAGGUGCGAGUAAUCAGAGCUAUCAGUAUAAUCCACGAGUUCCACCCCGGCAUCUUAGCCAUAUUUCAUCAAAAGCAUUCUCUACAAGCUCAAUGCUUUUGCAACAGGUUCAGCCAAUCUUUGCCACUCAAAAUGUUGGUUCACAACCAUCCCUACCUGGUAUGUUAGUUCCUGUUAGGAUUCAGACUCAUGUGCCAUCUUAUGGAAGUGUUACUUACACUAGCGUUUCACAGGUUGUUGCUUCUCAUGCACAAAGUAGUUCUUCUUCAAAGGUAAUAUGUACAGACAGUGCUUCUCAAGGCUUACUCACAAGCACUAGUAAACAUGGAGGAGGGUUCAAUUUAUCGCAGAUAUUAGGUCACCCUCCAGGACUUCGCUAUCCACUCUGGAAAGUACCAGAACCUCUGCCGGGUAGAUUGAACACAGGAAUCCCCCUUUCACUGACUUCUGGAACGAUCUCAACCACAGAUGCGUCUUCAAGUAUUGGAGGAAGCAAGCGAAUGCUGUCUCCAGCAAGCAGUCUGGAGCUCUUUAUUGAGACAAAACAACAAAAACGUGUCAAGGAAGAAAAAAUGUAUGGUCAGAUUGUGAAGGAACUUGGGGCUGUGGAACUCAGCAACUCAAGCGUGUCAAAAGACAAUGGCAAAUCGCCAAAAUCAGACCUCCUAAAGAAUGAUGGUUCUGUUGACUACCAAGAGGGUAUGUCAUCUCCACCUUUACUUGACUUUCCCUCGUCAAAGACACCUUUGCGCACACCUGCACCUCAUUUACAAGACCUACCACCAACUGAGAGCUUCACCCCACCGCUGCAGAUAGUGACAGACACCUCAGAUAAACCUGGGUCCCCUGAGGAACUGGAUGUGGAUGAGUCCACUCCUGAAGCAAGCUCAAGUCCACAGUCUAUGCUCUCCUCAAGCGAUACUCAAGAAGAGAUCAAGCAGGGCACAGGCAGCAAGAUACCGGUGAACAUGUUGGUCCAGCUCGCUGCUAAUCAAAGUGGAGGAAUGGCGGGAAGCACACUUCUUCUUACAGACCUCACUGAUGUUCAGCAGUUUUUCCAGUUCCCGAGUCUACGCACAACGACGAGUGUCAGCUGGUGCUUCCUAAAUUAUACCAAGCCAAAUUUUUCCCAGACAACCCCUGUCACGUCUGUUUAUGGUUCCUGGUCUAUCAGUUCUUACAAUCCAAACCCACCCAGCCUGAAUACCAAGACAACUCUUGCGUUGCUCCGCUCAAAGCAGAGGAAGAAUGCCGAAACCUACACAAUGGCUGCUAUGUAUCGACCUGGGACUGGAAAGCUUGUGUCAUCACUGUCUUGGAAAGAGAAGUUUGAGCAGAUUAAGCCAGAGCUCAUGCAGCUAGACGUGAGCAAAUUUGAGAAGAAAAUGAAGGGAAUCAGUUCCAGGGACAGAGUUAAGGAGGAUCAUGGGGAAAAAGAGAUUUCUUCAAAGCAGGCUGAGCCUACCCGUAUCAAAAUCUUUGAAGGAGGGUACAAAUCCAAUGAAGACUAUGUUUACGUAAGAGGCCGAGGCAGGGGAAAGUACAUCUGUGAGGAGUGUGGGAUCCGUUGUAAGAAACCCAGCAUGCUGAAGAAACACAUCCGCACUCACACAGACGUGAGGCCAUACGUCUGCAAGUUCUGCAAUUUCGCUUUUAAAACUAAAGGAAACCUGACAAAACACAUGAAGUCGAAAGCCCACAUGAAGAAGUGCCUGGAGCUUGGAGUGUCGGUGACAUCUGUGGACGAAACAGAGGCAGAGGAAGCCGACACUGCUGAGGAAGGCCAGAGGGACUCUGGGAAGAUGGGCCUAUCAGGCCGCAUGACUGAGCACCAAUUUUCAGACGCCGAUGAUUCCGAAGGCGGGGAAGAGGAUGGCGAUGAGAUUGACGAUGAUGAUGAGGAUGAUGAUGAUUACGAGGGCGACUCCACGCCAAAGACACGCUCCAGGAGCACGAGCCCCCAGCCCUACGGGAUGCCCUCGCUGUCCGUGACCGCCAUCGCCUCCUCCCCGGGAUCGUCCUCGGACUUCCUGGCCACCGCCUCCAAACCGCCGCUCUUCAGCCUCUUCGCCAGCCUGCCCAGCAUCCAGAUCACCCAGCUGCGAGAGAAGGCAGGCAACGCCCAGAUGGCCGAGUACCAGAAGCUCCUGCAGGGGGCGCUGGGUGAAGACUACAAGAGCAGGCUGGACGUGCCUAGCUCCAUGGAUGAGGACUUCGGCCUGUCUCCGGAACACAGCUCCUCGUCCUUCGACCUCUCCCCGUCCCGCUUGUCCUCUCCGGGGUGCGAUUCCUCCCCCCUCAGGGAGCCCUCGCCCACGUCCCGCCGGUACCUGUCCCCGAGGAGGGACCUCUCACCCCGAGGGCGCCUGUCGCCCAGACGGGAGGCGUCCCCGCUGAGGCACAUAUCCCCGAGGAGGGACAUCUUCCGGAGGGACCUGUCCCCAAGGCGGGACCUAUCUCCAAGAGGACACCUCUCCUCCAUAUCCCUGGGAAGACCGCUGUCCCCUGGUAGGGACAUCACCAGCAGGAGAGACUUAUCGCCCAGGAGUCGACACAGGGGCAUGCUCAGGGCCGUGUCGCCCAGGAGGGGCUCGCACCACAGCGCCCCCUGGGCCUUGGGACAGUACCUGCAGUCUGAAAUGGUUACACUGGGACAAAGGAGCAGGAGCCAUACGGAUAUGGAGACGGAUCAGAGGAAGGGCUCUCCCCAGACUACCUCCCAUGUCCCCGGGGAGUCCUCGCAUAGCAGCCAGGACCCCCACAGCACGCACCAGGGGCUCUUCAGCCACCUCCCCCUGCACUCCCAGCAGCAGGUCCGCAGCCCCUUCCCCAUGAUCCCCAUCGGAGGCAUCCAGAUGGUGCACUCGGUGCCUGCCACCAUGUCGGGCCUGGCCCACUCCUCGCGCCUCCCCCUGCAGAAGAGCACUUCGGAGGAGUCGGGCACCAGCGAGGUGUCCUUCCACCUCCACGAGGCCGGAGGCCGUGGCCCGGAGGACCCGUCUCGGAUGCAGGAGAAACCCGCGCCUCCCCAGACGGCUCCGUCGGCCCAUUCCCCGGGAGGCCCGGCCCAGAAGGAGGACCCCGCGGACAUCACGGACACGGAGAACAGGCAGGAGGACAGCGUACGGACUUGCACGAAGGCCAUAGCCUCCCUCAGGAUCGCCUCGGAAGACCCUCACGAGAAGCCCCACCCCGCCCCGCGUCCUCAUUACAGCUGCGUGGAGAGCCCGCAGAUGCAGAUUCAGCACUUUAGUAGCACUGAGAUCAGGCAGUCGCUGGCUGGCGCCUCGGUCACCCCCCUGGACCCCGUCGCUGAAAAGGACACGCUCGCCUCAUCAAAGCCUGUGCCACAAGGCCUUUCCGCUCUCUGCAGUGCCGUCGCCGAUGAGAGGAUGUUAGGUCAACAGGGCCCAAGGGAACCGCCAACAAGCACAAAGAGGGCUAAGGAUUCAACAAAGCAAGCCAUGGACGACAGGUGAACGGUGAUGCUAUUUUGAAAGUAAAGACAUCACACGAAUGCACACACGCCUACGCAUACCCCUCCUCCCACCGCCCCCCCAAUGAUGUACACGGUGCUAAUUCAACUCUAAUAGAGUACAUAGGAGUCCAAUAGGGACCACUUGUACUCUGUAAGUGUUGAUUCAACACUGAUCAUUUUUACUGUGCAUAUGCACUUACCCUUAUUCUGCCAGGCUUAUCCCCUCUCAUAAAUACACAUACACAUAAAGAAGUCAUUAAACAAGCAAAUUCAAUUAGACAUUAUGUAGUAUGUAUAGCAUGCCUUUUAUAACCCGGUUUGCUAUUUAAAAAAAAAAAAAACAUUUCUUUCUUAUUUAAAGUUUCUGAAAAAAUAUGAAUAAAUAUAAAUAUAUAUAUAUAUAUAAUGUUAACUUAUACAUGAGCCUGACCAAAAUUGCUUAUGGACUUGUCCAGUCUGGUACUUUUAAAUGUACAGAUGAGUGUGUGCCUUUUCUUUCCUUUUUGCUUAUAUUCUUAUAAGCAUAUUACGCAGGAAGACGUGUAAAUAUAUGGAGUUUGUGUAUCGGCUUUGUAAUAACUGUAAUUUCCCUUCUCUUUUGGACACCCGAGUCUGAAUGAUGUGAAGUAUCAAUAUAUGUAAGGUUGCACUAAAACAUAUUUUUAUAUGAGUGAAAUUCAAUGGCUUUUGUGUACAGCAGCAAUUCUCUACUAUUUAUUGUACCAUGUUUCAUAAAUUGUACAUUUUUCUUAAUGUUGUGGAUGCCUUUUUCUAUGUAAAGCAUGUUUUUUUUGCUAUUGCUUAAUUAGAACUAUGAAUAUGUAUACUGUAAAAUUGCUUUAUAUAUCUGAAGGGUACGUACUGUAUGUCUGUAUGUUUGUAUUGUGUGCAUAUAUGUAUAUAUAUAUAGUUUAUGUAUAUAUAUAUAUAUAUAUAUCCACACACAGCACAUACAUACUAUGCACACACGUAAAAUAUACUUAGUACAUAUAUACAGUAUAUGGCAGCACUUUUGCAUUAGAUUUACACCCAUAUAAUAGUAGUUUGUUCUAAAUGCUUGCAACUUUUUAUCUCCUCGCUGGAUUGGCUACAACUAAUUGCUAGUUGUGAUUUUUACGAAAGUGUAGAACCACCGUUGAGCAUUAAGUGAAUCUACAUUGUGCACUUGUGCGUUUUUGUUUUUCUUUCUAAACUAACUGAAGUAGUGGUAACAUUUUAAAGGUAUUUAAUCUUCUGUGAAUCAUGUCGCUUGAAGUACUUGAUUUCUGAAGUAGAACGGGAGACAUUCCAGCUGAUGUGUCUAUGUAAGUCCCAUAAUUCUAUACACAAACAUACAUAUUUGUACAUGGAAAAAGAGUUCAUGCGGACAGCUGUUAGUUCAUCAAGUUUUUUUUCUUUUUCUUUAAAGCUUUUAAAAAUAUAAAAAAAAUAUUCAGAAAUCUAAUAAUGCACCUUAUGUUUCCUAAAUCCUAAGGGUAUAAUCCCAUAAUAUAUCAAUUUUGGAAGAAAAAAAAAAAUGAAAUUGAGAUUGUUUUAAAAACCUGUUUGUGUCAUCGCAACCUAACUGAACUGGAGUGUUGAGCCAGUGCACUCUCGUGUGUAUAUUUGUAAUUGUAUGUGUGUAUAAAAUCCAUGUAAUUUACUCUUUGGACAAUUUGUCACUAGUCCCUGGUAUUCACUUAAAUGUAUUAACAUGUCUGUAAAAUAUACGGUAUCAAAGCACAACUAUUGUAUAGAAACAAACAAAAAAAGAGAAAAACAUAAACAAACAAAAAAAGGGUAACUUUGUGAUGUUCAGUGGAAAAUACAAUAUCAUGUAAAACCCAGUUUCGAUAAUGAAUUACAGUACCAAUGGGGGAAAAAACGGAUUGUUGUUUUCAAAUAAAUACGACUACAAUAACGUG